AUGGGAGAGCGUAGAAGUCGUUCGAGCAGCUCCUCGAGCUCUAGUAGCUCUUCUUCGAGCGAUGAUGAUCGAAGAAAAUCCCGACGAUCCCGAAGUCGCUCUAAGUCGCCAGAAAAGCGUAGUGGGCCAAAGUCGACUGUAGCGGUCUUAAAAACGGAAAAGUCGCCUGAGCGAGAGAAGAAGUCGCGCUCCAAAUCUCCAGCUAGGAAGAGCAGAUCCAAGUCUCCCCCCAAAAGGAACAGAUCCAAGUCGCCAAAGAAAGCCGAAGAAGCAACAGUAAACGACCCAAGACAGCCGAGAAAUCCGAGGAAUAAGAAAGAUGACAUCUUGGCCAACAGAACAGGUGGCGCUUACAUUCCACCUGCGAAGCUUAAGGCGAUGCAAGCAGCUAUUACGGACAAAAGCUCCGUCGAAUACCAGCGAAUUUCGUGGGAAGCGUUGAAGAAAUCCAUUCACGGUAUCGUCAACAAAGUCAAUGUUUCGAAUAUUAGUCUCAUCAUUCGCGAGCUCUUCUCCGAAAACAUCAUGCGCGGACGAGGUUUGCUCACCAGAUCGAUUUUGCAAGCGCAAGGUGCUUCGCCAACCUUUACGAAUGUUUACGCAGCAUUUGUGGCAAUUAUCAACACUAAGUUUCCGACCAUAGGAGAACUCAUUCUCUCUCGUCUGGUUCUUGUCUUUAGACGUUCAUUCCGCCGCAAUCAAAAAGAUCUGUGCCUGAAUGCCUGCAAAUUCGUCGCACAUUUAGUUAACCAACAAGUUUGCCACGAAAUUCUUGCACUCGAGAUUCUCACCUUGCUCCUUGAGAAUCCUACUGAUGAUUCUGUGGAAGUGGCUGUUGGCUUCAUCAAAGAAAUUGGCUUGAAACUCUCUGAAGUUUCCAGCAGAGCUUUGGCUGCAAUUUUCGAACGAAUGAGGAAUAUUCUCCACGAAGCCUCCAUUGAUAAAAGAACGCAGUAUAUGAUUGAAGUUCUUUUCGCCAUCCGAAAGGAUGGAUUCUCGGAGCACCCUAUCGUCAUCGAGGAGCUAGAUUUGGUAGAAGAAGAUGACCAAUUUACGCACAUGAUCAGACUUGAUGGUGAAUACAAGGAGGAGAUGAUGCUCAAUGUCUUUAAAAAAGACGAUGACUUCCUUACGAAUGAGAAGCAAUAUGAAGACAUCAAACGGGAAAUCCUUGGCGAGAGUGACGAGUCUGGCUCUGAUGAUUCUUCAGACUCUGAUUCGUCGGAUAGCGAUUCUAACAGCGAUGCAGACUCUGAAACAGCGGCCAUGGAAGCUGCAAAGGCAACUGCUGAUCCUAAGGGCCAAACUCUCAUUAUCGAUAGAACCGAGAUAAAUACAGUCGAGCUCAGGAAGACGAUCUAUCUAACCAUUCAAUCUUCUGUUGACUUCGAAGAGUGCUGCCAUAAAUUGAUGAAGCUGCAGAUUCCGGAGGCAAUGUGGAAAGAAAUGUGCCACAUGAUCGUGGAUUGUUGCGGACAAAAUCGAACGUACGAAAAGUUCUUCGGACUCACGGCAACUCGCCUGUGUUUAAUCAAGCGAGAAUACAUGGAAUUAUUCGAGCUGAUCUUCGUUGAGUCCUACGAAACGAUCCACCGGCUGGAAACGAAUAAAUUAAGAAACGUUGCGAAGUUCUUUGCCCAACUCUUGUAUGCUGACGCGAUCCCGUGGAGCGUGAUGUCUACAAUUGCCAUCACGGAAGAUACAACUACUUCUUCCUCCCGUAUUUUUAUCAAAAUAUUGUUUCAGGAGCUUUCCCAGUACAUGGGUCUUCCAAAGCUCAAUACGCGGCUUCAAGAAGACACAAUGGCGGUUUUCUUCGAAGGUCUCUUCCCAAAAGAUAAUCCAAAGAACACUCGAUUUGCGAUCAAUUUUUUCACUUCUAUCGGUCUCGGUGGACUUACUGACGGCCUUCGCGAUUUCUUGAAAACAGGAAAAGUCAAGGGGAUGGAUUCGAGCGAUGAGUCCGAAUCCAGCGAUGAUUCUAGCUCAAGCUCCAGUAGCAGCGACUCGAGCGAGUCUGAACCUGAAGAUAUUGAGGCCAUUUUCAAAAAGCAACAACAACCGGAGAUUAAGAAAGAAAGACGUUCUCGUACUCCUGAACGACGACGAAGACGAUCACCAACUCCCGAGAAAAGGCGCCGUCGAUCUCCAACUCCUGAAAAACGUCGGAAAGUUUCUCGACAUUCCGUUUCACGUAGUCGAUCACGAACACCAGAAAGACGUCGAAAAGCAUCCCGAAGAUCAAGAUCGCGAUCUAGGACUCCUGAUAAACGCCGUCGAGGACGAUCAGACUCGAUGAAAAAAGAGAGGCGAUCGCGAAGCCGCUCGGCCUCCAAGGAAUCAAGGAAGAAAAAAGAGAAGUCAAGGAGGACGCGAAGCAGAUCGCGAAGACGACGAUCUCGAUCUGAUAGCGAUGACUCUCGCCAAGAGUCGCGAAAAUCAAAGAAGUCCAAGAGGAUUACGGAAUCCGAAGAGCGAGAACUCAAACGCGCCAAGAAAGAAGCUGAGGCGAUGAAGGAGCGCAUGCGAAAGCGAAAGCACGUGAUGUAA